CUGUACAAAGAGUUGCCUAAAAUAGAGAGCUUUUGUGAGGCGGGAAGGCAGGAGGCAGGGGCAGGUGGGGGCGGGGCGGUUGUUGGUUGCCCGCCGGCUCAGUUGCGUCGCUACGUACAGCCGUCUCGCACGCCACCGCGCACCGUGGCUGGAACAGCGCACGCGCACGCGACAAACCCACCCACCGCACCCCAAGACACGUGCUCUAGUGAUUGCCACAUGACUUAUUGA